UCCCCCCCCCCCUCCUUCCACCCUGACGGUGCGGUGUGAUCUUUGAACCCGGGCCUCCCCCUCACUCAGCCCCGCAGGGUCACGCAGAGCCACGCAGGAGGGAGAUCCGCAGAGAAACCCUCCGUGCUCCCGCAGACUCAUGGACCGGACUCUGCUCCAGCAGCAAGGAACCAUGAUCUGUGCGUCUGAGUGAAGAAGAAGAAGAAGAGGAAGAAGAAGAAGAAGAAGCAGAAGGAGAAGAGUUCUUAGAUUCAUCUUUCCACAAGAGGAGACUUUUGAAAACCUGCAGACAUGUUUCAUUUAGGAUGCCUCCUGAGCCUCGCGCUGCUGGGCUCGACCCGGAGUCUGAGUCCGGCUGCCGGGACGGGACUCGACUUUCUGGAGGAUAUUUUACACUUUUAUGGAGAAAACUCGUCCAUUUCCACGCACGAUCUGAAGGAUCUGCUGCUGCUGAUCUCAGCCAGGAGGUCCGAGUCCGUGUUUCUACACAAUCCUCUGGAAAACCAAGAUUGUCUCUCGGCCGAGCAGAUCUUGUCCCGCUUCGGGUUCAGUAAUGUCAGUCAGCUGAAUGUGGGACAUCUGGGGAUGAUCUGUCCGGCCGUGUUGACCCAGGUGCUGCUGCCCUCCUGCCCCUACACUGAGGCCGAGACCCUGGCGUCGGCCGACUACUCUGUGUGGGGCUACGGGUUUCUGGCCGUCACCAUCAUCAACCUCGCGUCUCUGCUCGGCCUCCUGCUGAUUCCAUUCACCAAAAAAUCCUACUUCCCCAAAGUGCUGACCUACUUCAUUGGCCUGGCCAUCGGGACGCUCUUCUCCAACGCCGUACUUCAGCUCAUACCAGAGGCCCUGGGCUUUGAUCCCAAACAUGAUAACUACGUGGGGAAUGCAGUUGGAAUAUUCGGAGGGUUUUAUCUCUUGUUCGUUGUGGAGAAGGUUCUGAAACUGGCUCUGCGGAUGGACCACGAGCACGGCCACAGCCACUUCGCUCCUGCAGAGUUGACUCCGGAAAACUCCCUUCAGAAUGGAGACAUAACGGAAAAGAGUGACUCCAUCAUUUUGACUGGGAUCAGCACCAUCGCCUUAGACAAGAGCAGCCUGAGCCGAGAUUCUCAGGGUGACCAGGACUCGGGUCAGAUGUGCCAAUGGCUGCGGGGGAAACGCAUCUCUCACAUCAAGACGGUGGCGUGGAUGAUAACCCUGAGCGACGCGGUGCACAACUUCAUCGACGGCCUGGCUAUCGGUGCCUCGUUCACCGUGUCCAUACUGACGGGGUUCAGCACCUCCACUGCCAUUGUGUGUGAGGAGUUUCCUCACGAGCUGGGAGACUUUGUGAUCCUGCUGAACUCUGGCAUGAGCAUCCCACAAGCCAUUUUCUUCAAUCUGCUGUCAGCGGUUUCGUGUUACUUCGGCCUCGUGUUUGGAAUUCUGCUGGGGAGCAACUUUGCCCCCAACGCAAUCUUUGCCAUCGCGGGAGGAAUGUUCCUGUAUAUUGCGCUGGCGGAUAUGUUCCCAGAGAUGGACAAAAUAGCCCAGGAACAGCACCGGACUUCGGACAAGAUCGUUUUCUUCCUGAUCCAGAACGCCGGCCUGCUGACCGGGUUCGCCAUCAUUCUACUGAUCACCAUGUUUGCAGGAGAAAUCCACCUGGGUUAGAGGAGAGGAACACGAACUGGAAAUUAAACAGUCGUGAGCUGCUUCCGUUUCUGCUGACUCGGCUCCCUCAGUGAAUGUGAAGGGAAAGUUUUGUACAAAAAAAAACUGAAACGUGUAAAGGACUUUAAAAAAAAAAAAAAUCUUUCUACUAUUGAUUUAGUGAAAUGUUUACUCCAUAAAAGGGAACAAAUCUUUACAAUCAUUUCAUGUAUGAAAUCUAGACAAAUUUAUUUUAAGGGGGAAAUAAAUUAUUUUUUUUAGUCUUCAUAUAUUGUGACAGAUGUUCCUUGUGUCGUACCUGAGCGGCGCUGCUUUGUAAACUAACAUUUGCCGUGUUGUCGUGACAGCAGCCGUUGUUCGGGCUGUUAUGGCAUCAGAGGUUGACCUCUGUGUUUUGUUCCCGGCUCUUUCUCAAGGUCGUAUCGCUGGACUCUCUCAUCUGCAUGUUUCACAGAAUGUAUUUUGCUGUCGACCAAAUUUCAGACACUGGAAAAUGUUCAUAUUUUGACGGCCCCUGUGGGAAUGAUGCCUCCUGUAGCUCAAAAACUGUCUUAGUUGACUUUUCCUAUGUUAUAUAAAGAAGUAUUCCAACACACACAAAGACAUGGACAAAAAUAUGUCACACACCCGAAAGGCUAAAGUAUCACAUAAGAUUUUAAAAUAAUCAACCACAGGAAAUACAUGUAUAUUUGAAAACAACUGUGAGUCACUCCAAAUUUAUUUCCCAGUGAACAUAGAACAUAGGAUAUAAAAAGUGUCCCAAAAUAAAAUCAUAUUUUGCUCUUAUUGUAAAUUAGAUUUUAUGAUAUUUUGUGUUCAACAUGACAUCUCUCAUGACCUGCUAUGAGAAGGAGGUGUGUGAUCUUUCCCCAAUUACAUAGAAUAAGAAACAAAGUCUGCCUGUAUAUUUUUCGGGCGACACUGGUGCUUGUCAUGCAGAUUUUUUCACAGUUUGAUUUUUUUUUGGGAAAGAAAAACUAAAAUCGACCAAUUUAAGACGUGAUUUUCGUUUUGUGUUUCGUCUCCUACAUUUUAUUGUGAAAACAAAAAAAAGAUUUUCAAAUUGUACCUGGGGGCAUUACAGAAGCUCUUUCUAUUUUUAUGCAAUUUAGUUUAUUUUUUACUAUGUACAAUAAAAAGGUGCGUAUGGAUUGUAAGAA